AUGAAUAUUUUCGUUAUAGAUAAAACAAACUUCGAUUAUGAUUUUCUGAUUGGUUUAGAUUGUAUAAAGAGUUUCUAUUUAACACAAAAUGAAAAUUUAGAAAUUAAUCAAAGAAAUCCAAUAAGACAUGUUACUAUUUCUAAAGAAAUAAUGAAUGAAAAAUAUGAAGAACACGGUUCUUCAAAAGCUGUUGAAAGUAAAAUUGAUAUGAAUGGAGGUGAAUAUUUGAUCAAUUUCAAUGAGAACAUCGAGACAAAACAUUUCGAAAUUCAUGUCAAUCACCUGAACUAUGAUCAGCAAUCAAUAAUAGAUGAACUGAUACAACUAAAUUUAUCUGUUUUUGCAAAAGACAAGUACGAUGUGGGCACGGUAUCGGGUUAUGAAGCACAUAUUGAUCUACUCGAAGAAAAAUAUUGCAGUAAGAGGCCAUAUCGCUGUACAAUCGAAGAUAAGAAAGAAAUUGAACAGCAAAUUGCCAAGUUGCUGGACAAAAAACUCGAAUCGUACAGUCCUUUCGCAGCUCCAGUAACAUUAGCGUUAAAAAGGGACGAAAACAAAAGAUCAAGACUGUGUAUAGACUUUCGAGACCUAAAUAAAAUAGUGGUUCCUCAGUCUCAACCAUUCCCGCUAAUCGAAGAUCUAACUGAAAAAACGAGAGAUUGUCGUGAACAUCUUGAACUCAAUGUUGAUGACAUGGUGUUUGUUGAAAAUGGAAACAGAUUAAAUAGGAAGAAACUUGACGAACUGAGAAUUGGACCAUAUGAGAUUGUCGAAAAACUAUCGCUAUCGAUUAAAGCACUACAGAGAAGAAUACAUAAAGCAGACUAUAAAGUUCCAGAGAAAUGGUUCAAGAAUUUGUCCCAGACAGCAGUACCUGAAGAGGUUAGAAUAGUCCUUGGUUUGGGUUCCAAAUUUAGCGUCCCUUUAGACCACAAAGAAAUAAACAUCAAAGACCUAAUAGCAGACGUUGAGAGCAUUUUAGACUUGGUGGAGGGAGAUAGAAGAGACACUUUGAGAGCUAAGAUAACGAGCAUUAUAACCGGUCAUCUACAUAAAAAUAAAAAUAAUAUUCGUGCGACAGACAACAUAGGAAGGCUAUAUAAGACAACUAAAAACUUUUUGAGAACUAAUGACCACCUUGUAGUUCUCGACAGUGACAAAGGUUCGGUGACUGUUCUUAUGAGUAGGGCGGAUUAUCUUCAGAAAAUGUACUCAAUUGUUGACACUGACGAUUUCAAAAAGAUUUCUAGAGACCCAACAACUACUAUCCAGAAUAAAACCAACAAAAUCAUAUCCACACUUGUAGACCAAAAUAUACUAAGUAAAGAAGCUGCAAAAUCAAUGAAGUCAUAUAAUUCAGUGAGCCCUAGAAUGAACGGAAAUCCCAAAGUACAUAAAGAAAAUGUCCCAAUGCGACCAAUCGUGUCUGAUGUACAGGGUCCCACAUGUAAACUUUCAAAUUAUAUUGCACAAAUCCUAACAGAAGCCUAUGACCAGGAUAAUGCAUAUUAUGUAAAAGAUUCGUUCGACUUUUCCUGCAAAAUUAACAAUUUUGAAUUACCCCCAGAUUAUGUGGUGAUAUCACUUGACGUAGUCAACCUAUUUGGCAACAUAUCAAAAGAGUUGGUACUGAAAGCAAUAGAAUUCCAUUGGGACAAGAUUGAGGCAUGCUGCAACAUAUCAAAAGAAUACUUCAAGGAGAUAAUCACCUUCCUCCUGGAAUCAGGUUACUUCAUGUUCGAUGGCAGUUUCUAUUUGCAGAUGUUUGGGUGCAUUAUGGGAUCCAGACUUAGCCCGAUCUUGUCAUUAUAUGUGAUGGACUAUGUACUCAACUUCUGUAUACCUAGAUUAACAUUCACACUUGCAUUUAUAAAAAAAUAUGUGGACGACCUAAUAAUAUCCCUACCAUCAACGGAAACUGAGGAGAUAUUGCAAGUUUUCAACAGCUUCGACCCUAAGUUGAAGUUCACGAUUGAGACAGAAGAUUGUUAUAACUCGGUUCCGUUCUUAGAUACCAGGGUAUGCCGAGUGGAUUAUAAAAUAAAAUUAGAUUGGUAUAGAAAGACGACUUCUGCAGGAAAUUUUAUACAUUUUUUAUCUGACCAUCCAAUAAGUAUAAAAUUAAAUUUCAUUAAAGAACAAAAAAACAGGAUUUAUAAAAUCUGUGAUCCAACAUUCAGAGAUGGAAGCAUGAAAAGACUGUUUGAUCUUUUGGUUGAGAAUGCCUAUCCUAAAACAAUGUUGAAAAAACUUCUGUAUUCUGCUUCAACGUUGCCUUUGGCUGAAAGUCCAACACACCCUGAUAUGGUGGAAGAAACAGAAGUUGUUAAAUAUAGAAGCAUCCCGAAUAUCCCUUACCUUACCUACAAAAUUAAAAACUGUUUUAAAGAUUAUAAUGAAAAAGUGAAAAUAGUGGCACAGUGUAAAAAGAAAGUGGCAAAUUUAUAUUCAAAACUAAAGGACCGUAUACCAAAAGAAAUUAAAUCUAAUGUGGUGUACGAACUGGAAUGUGCUGACUGUCAUGAAACCUACAUAGGUCAAACCUCUCAGUGGCUUAGAAAUCGCAUGAACUUACAUAAAAGUGAUAUAAGAACAAAUAACCUGAGAUGUGCAUUGUCUGUUCAUGCUAAUAAGUACACACAUAGUGUUGAUUUUAAUAACGUAAAAAUUUUAGAUACAAAUAUAAAUUAUAAAAAAAGAUGUAUACUAGAAAUGAUCCACAUACAAACUCAAAAAAGUAAAAUUAACAAAAAAACGGACACGCAGGGACUAAGUCCAAUAUAUGCAUAUCUUCUAGAACUUUCUAACAAACCAUUUUUCGAUUGUCCAGUUGAUGAAUGA